AUGGUGCCAUUAAGAAAAAGUGGUCUUGAAAAUUAUGUAACGAUUAUUGACAUCCCACCCAAUACCCUACGUCGCCAGUUAGUUCGAAACCGUCUCUAUGAUCGUUUGUGCAGCUCAGAAAACUGUAUGAUCUGUCCUAACGGGAGAGACGGGGAUUGCAUGAGUUUAGGUACGCAUAGGGCACAAAAGCACAACGGCGAUGAUUUUGAAGUGAAUGUGCGGAUCCUAGUGCAGAAAAUUCUGGACUUCUACCGCGAUGUAGUCGUUGAAGACAGUUUCGACCUCGGCUUGGUUUCUGAAGCAGUGUUCGUGCAGAAAGCUAUCGAAAUGCUUGAAGAAGAAGCAGCGAUGAAUCAAACCAGUUGUAGACCACCACACGGUCGAUGUGACCUUCUUGUGGUGCCAUUUUCAUUUUUGGAAAUGAAAAGCAACUCCAUCACUAUCCAACUACUGACUCGAUUGUCUCCUGAUAUCCUAGAGGAUCCAUCUCUCGUCAUACAUCACAGUACGGCCGAGAGAUGGUUCGUUACGCUACCGCAAAAGAAGGGCUCGCGACACCUCAAAACAGCAGUUUCUUUGUGA